AUGCACAAAAUCGAAUCAAGCAUCUUUUUAAUCCAUAAUUUUACUAAAAUAUUGCAUAAAAUAUCAAUCACGUAAAAAAUAAUGCUGAUUUGGAAUAAGAAUGAUCUUUCCUUAAAUUAGAAUGCAGUUCAUGAGGUUAUAUUAUUAAAGAGCACUGGUUGA